CUUUACCUUACAAAAAAAUGUCAACAAACUUUGACAGAUAGUUGACAGCUGUUAAUUUGAAGAAAAAGGCUUUCUGGACAGUGACAACACGUUUAAGUAGUACAGGCUAAUGCUGCUUUACCAAUGUGGUAUGCUAUGGAGAAUGAACAGAAUAUGUAUGCUUUAUCAGAGCGUCUGAUUCGAGCUAUUAGUAAUUGGCAUUUAUGUGUUCCCUCUGUAGACGACAUAGAAGAUCUUAUUGAUGCAGGGGCAGAUGUUAACAGACUGCAUGGUACUUUGUUACCCCUCCAUUGUGCCUGUAUGGUCAGCGACAAUGAAACUCUCAAGUUAUUGUUGGACAAAGGUGCUAGGGUUAAUGAUGCUGAUGGUUAUGGGAGAACAGCUUUACACUAUGCUGCUGAGCGAGAUUCUGUUUGUACAGAAAUGUUAAUAGAACAUGGAGCCAACGUAAAUGCUGGAGAUGCUAAUUCAAACACAGCUUUACACUGGGCAGCAUUCAAGAGCAACGAACCAUGUGUUAUAUUGUUAUUAAAGAAUGGGGCCAAUGUUGACGCCCAUGAUUUCAAUGAUGACACACCUCUCAGUUGGGCAGCUAGAAAAGGCAGUGUAUCUAUAAUAAAACUACUUUUAGAUUACAAUGCUUGUGUCAAUUGUAAAAAUCUUCGUGGACUUACAGCAUUACAUAGGAUAGCAUCAGUAUUAGCUAGUGGACUCAACACAGAUGCGGACAGUGACUGCAUGGAGUUAUUGCUGAGAGCUGUUGGUCAGUUUGACUUUCGAAAUGAGAAUUCAGAACUUCCGGCUGAUUUAGCUAGAGACAAUAAGUUAUGCGAAACACUGUUACCACUCUCACAGAAUGUUCGACCAUUGGAAAAUCUAUGUCGUUUUACUAUUAGGAAAUUUUUAGGCCAAAGAUACUUGCCAAACGUUGUACCAAAGUUACCUCUUCCUAGAUCUAUUCAAGAGUUAGUCUUGUUAAAAAAAUGAAUUUUAAAUAGUAUAUAUAUUUGCAUUAUGGAACAGUACACACUAGUAACAUGUACUACAUUGUAUGGAUUCAUUUAUUUCGUAGGUACCAAUUUUGUGAACUAAGAAACACUUGUACAUGUAUUUUCAUUAAUAAUCAAUUUUAUUGUUUUGAUAAAAUUUGUAUUCACAAGCCCAUAGGCAUAGAAAAUUUUAACUUUAUCAAAUUUUUCAAAGAAAUUUACAGUUCAUCUGUACCAAAACAUUUAACAAAAAUUGGUUUCUCACAAAAAUAAAAAUGAAUCCACAUGAAGUCUAGAAAAUUCUUCUUAUUGGUAAUCUUUCAUGAUAUAUACAUGUAUUUACUGCUGAAAAGGGCUAGUUCACUCUUUAAUAUCAGGGCUGUGUAUUUCAAUAGGUAAUAUUUGAAAGUAUUUACAAAUGGUAAUUAUCUUUUAUCAUCAAAGAUGCCCUUUAUUAUACCAUUAUAUAUAAUUAGCAUGAUUAGGAUCAAAUGAGUCAAAAAAGUUAUAAAUGAUCACAUCCACAUUUUAACCUAUUCUUUGUAUCAAACUGGGUAAAAAAAAAUAUAAUUGUUGGGAUGGUUUUUUUUUACUUAAAAAGUCACAUAAAUUGUCAUAGUUGGUAUGUGUUUCACUCAUGUCAGUGAUUAUCUAACAAACUUAACAACAGGAAAAAUGCAUUCAUAAAAUCACCCUAUUUCACAGAAGUUCAGUUCACAGAACACUAGCAAGCAGGGGCAGAUCCAGUCAUUUUAAAAAGGGGGAUUCCAACUAAUGUACAUGUCCCCAUUCAACAUCUUCAAAUGCAUUUUAAUGAUCAUCCAAAAAAAGGGGGGGUUCCAACCACAGGAACACCCCACUCCCCCUGGAUCCAUGCCUGUGCAAGAGUGUUUUGGAUUCAAGCGUCACCGAUGAGUCUUUUGUAGACGAAACAUGCAUCUGGCAUAUAUACAAAAUGUAGUCCUGGUAUCUAUGAUGAGUUUAUUUAUGUCUGCCCUCUAUAUAGUUUAGUGGAAGCAAGAUUUAAGCAUGCUGUUUCCUGGCAGUGGAUGUGGCAUAUCACCAAUUUAUCAAGUUUAUAAAUUAUUACCUCAGUUUAACGGGAUUCACUUACAUGUAAUAACUUAGUCAAUGAUAAUUGAUGUGCAUGCAUAUUAGUUUAGUACAUGUUAUUUCCAUGUACAUAUAUCAUGUAUAAAUAUCAUUUGGUCCUGUCCCUUCAAUUUUGGCUAUUGACUUUGAUACUGUUCUUAGUUUAGAUGUUAAAGUUUGUGAUUAUAGGUUAUAGUUUAAGUGACAGCACUAUACAUGUACAUAUAAUGGUAAGUUGGUAUGAAGUUGUAUCAGCAUUUACACAUCUAAUAUUCUUGAAGAUCAUUAGACUUUUCCACCUCAAUCAUGGUCUAUUUGUUGACUUUGAAAAUUUUGAAUAGUUUUAAUGUUUCAAGUUUGUGAUAUGGGGAUUAUGUUAGUUAGCAGAGGGGGGGCAGGUGUCCAGUGCCCCGUAUUUAUGUUGGAAAAAAUUGUUUGAAAAUAAAAGGAAUCACCGAAGCAUGACAGGAGUAGGCCCCCUCUUAAGCAGUCAGUGCCCCUCCUAUUAUGAAAAUUUCUACAUCUGCACCUGAGAAGAUCCACUUACGGUAAUUGAAUGAAAUUUUGGUCACAUCUAUGCAUUUGUAUUAGCAAAAGCCUACAGCAUUUCUAGGGAAAUUAUAAUAUAUGGUCCUGUCCCUAAGUCAUAGUUUAUUUACUAAUUAUUACUUUUGUAAUUAAUUUUUGAAAACUUUACAUGUC